GUUAUCAAAUGUAGGGCUGCGAUUGCGUGGAAGGCUAAAGAGCCUCUCGAAAUCGCGACGAUCGAAGUACAACCUCCUAAAGCUCAUGAAGUUCGGAUAAAGGUAUCAUUUCAGAUUUUAUAUACGGCAAUUUGUCACACUGAUUCAUAUACUUUGGAUGGUCACGAUCCAGAAGGUGUCUUUCCGUCGAUUCUUGGUCAUGAAGGAUCGGGUAUAGUUGAAAGUAUUGGUGAUGGAGUUGCGAGUGAUCAUGUUAUUCCCUUAUAUAUUCCACAAUGCAAAGAAUGUGAAUUCUGCAAGAAUCCUAAGACCAAUUUAUGCCAGAAAAUUCGGGUAACUCAAGGAAAAGGUUUAAUGCCCGAUGGUACAUCUCGUUUCUCAUUUAAUGGCAUAACACUUUAUCACUUCAUGGGUUGCAGUACAUUUAGUGAAUACACUGUGGUCGCCGAUAUCUCUGUUGCUAAGGUGUUGCCAAAUGCACCACUUGAAAAAAUAUGCCUUCUAGGCUGUGGGAUAUCGACGGGUUAUGGCGCAGUAUUGAAUACCUGUAAUGUUGAGCCUGGUUCGACCGUGGCAGUUUGGGGCCUUGGCACGGUGGGCCUUGCGGUUAUAAUGGGUGCGAAAUUGGUUGGCGCAAAAGCAAUUGUUGCAAUUGAUAUAAACAGCGCAAGGUUUGAAGCUGCAAAGCAAUUCGGUGCCACUGACACUAUUAAUCCCAUGGAUUUAUCGGAAAAGGAUUUUCAAGCUUAUAUAAUGGAGAAAUUUAAUGGUGGAUUUGAUUACACUUUCGAAUGUGUCGGCAAUGUUGUGACUAUGCGUCAAGCUCUUGAAGCAGCACAUAAAGGCUGGGGUGUAUCAUGCAUCAUUGGUGUUGCUGGUGCUGGCCAAGAAAUAUCCACACGACCAUUCCAACUUGUUACUGGUCGAACAUGGAAAGGUUCUGCUUUUGGAGGAUGGAAGAGCAGAGAUGCUGUACCUAAAUUGGUAGAAAAAUAUUUGGUUGGAGAAAUAAAAAUCGAUGAAUUCAUAACGCAUCAAAUGGAAUUCUCUUAUAUUAAUGACUCAUUGAAAUUGCUUCGCUCUGGAAAGAGGUUGAUUUUUGAAAAAGAAAUCCAUUUAUAA